AUGAAUAUCUUCCGGUUCCUUAGUGAUUUGUCCCAUCUUUUGAGUAUAUUCAUUUUACUCCAUCGAAUCCAAACUUCCAGAUCCAUCGCCGGUAUCUCGUUUAAGACACAGGUGUUGUAUGCCGUGGUAUUCGCCACCAGAUACUUGGAUGUUUUUUACAGCUAUGUGUCGCUAUACAAUACCUUAAUGAAGAUCUUCUUCAUGGGGUCGUCAUUAUUCAUCGUUUACAUCAUGGUGUACAAGUUCAAUGUUUUGAACAAUCAGCAACCUAGAAAUGAUGAUUUCAAAGUGGAAUAUCUUGUUGGUGGAGCGGCCGUUAUGUCAUUGCUCUUCACAUACUCUUAUCACCCAACAGAAGUUCUUUGGAGUUUCAGUUUGUGGUUGGAAAGUGUGGCAAUCUUCCCUCAAUUGUUCAUGUUGCAGAAAACCGGUGAAGCAGAAUCAUUAACCGCCCAUUAUAUCUUUACCCUUGGGUUUUAUAGAGCAUUGUGUAUUCCAAAUUGGAUCGUGAGAUACCAUUUUGAAGGAAAAAUUGACAAAAUUGCGUUGGCCGCCGGUAUUGUCCAGACUUUAGUGUAUUCUGAUUUCUUUUACAUUUAUUAUCAAAAGGUUAUCAAGGCCUUGAAGGUAGAAUUGCCAGUUUAA